AUGGCCGAAACUACAUAUACAUUGGAGGAGAUCAAGAAGCACAACUCACUCUCAGACCUCUGGUUGAUCUACAAUAACGAUGUCUAUGAUGUUACCAAGUUUGUCGAGGAUCACCCAGGUGGUGAAGAAGUUUUGAAGGGUACAGCCGGUAAAGACUCCACUCAAGAGUUUGACGAUGUCGGACACAGUGAUUCCGCCAAGUCAAAGAUGAAGCAAUUCCGUAUUGGUCGUGUCGCCGGUGCUCCACCAAGAUCCGAAGAGGUCAAGAAACCAAAGGCCACUAAAUCAGCUGCCCCAGUUUCUCAAGUCAGACAACAAAAUCAAGGUAUGGGUAUGAAGGCUCCAAUCAUCUUCAUCAUCGUCGCCUUAAUUGCCUAUUACUUAGCCACCGGUCAAUCAACUGCUUAA